AUGGACGUAUUUUACGCCUACACAUAUGGCACAGCAGCCUGGCUGGGCAUUCAAGCAGUGCCGAUGGUAGUCCUACCAAAGAUGAUCAUAUCUGUGUUGGCCAAGGAGAUUCACCAAGCCACAGAUGUUGAGGUAUACUUUUGUCGGUCACUCGGGUUUGCCCUGACACUGGUUGCCUUGAUCGUCCUGUUCUUCACAGGUUCAAUCCCAUUGUCAUCCAGCAUCAGCGAACCAGUCAGUCUAGAGGACAAUGACCCCAAAGCACCAUAUGCGGUGCCCAUUCUUCGAGUGACGACUUUGUUCCACGGACUGAGCAUGGUCUAUUGCUAUAUGCGCUAUGUUAACUAUGGGCAGACAGGGUAUAUUCUGGGUGCAAUGGGGUAUGGGGCCAUAGCAAGCCUGGGUCUGUGGUGCGUGGUGUUUGGAACAUCUGGUGGGAGGAUCUCCAAGAGGACAGGGGCAGAUAAGCGGAUGGCAGGAUUCCCUUUCAAGAAUGCGAGUGCGUACAACAAGCGGAAGGACAGGAAGAUGGGUUGA